AUUGCUUAAUUUUAUAACAGGAGGUAGCAGUACAAUUGAGCUCGUGAGCAAAACUAUUUUCCGGCUGCUGGAAUGACCCAAAAGCUAGCUAUUGUGCGAUUUUUUGACUUUUCCGUGAACUUGGCUAUUGGUCUGCCUAAGGAAACUUGGUCGCCACUCAUGCGCGGAGAUAGUGGACGCGCACAACAGCUGAGACCGACCAGUCUCGAUUCCUUCCAACACGCAUACAAAUUGACGCGCGAAGACCGCCCAAGAGCAGCACAAACAAAACGAAACAAGUGCGUCCAGAACUGUUGGUUUCCAUUCCAUGGCGACAGAGGGACAGCGCCGCCGCAAGAACAAGACCAAGGCCAAGGCCAAGAGAGCGUCGGGGCCGGCGGGCAUGAACGACCUCCCCGACCAUGUCCUGGAGCUCGUCCUCCUCCGCGUGGGCUCUUCCUUCGACCUCAUCCACGCAGCCUUCACCUGCAAGCCCUGGCGCCGCAUCAUCGCGGAGCCCCGCUUCCUCUCCCGCUUCCGCUCCCUCCACGCGCCCCACGUCGCCGGCCACUACUACCACGACGUCGUCGAUCCCUGCAACCGCAACACGGGCGGCCACGUCUUCCUGCCGGCCCCCUCUAGCUCCAGGGACGCCCUGAUCGGCCUCGACCCGUGCCGCUUCUCGCUGGACUUCCUCCCCGACCCGGCGCCAGCGGAGUACGGCGGCAGCACCAACAGCAGCUAUUGGGAAUUGGUCGACAGCCGCGGCGGCCUCCUCCUCUUCCACCGCUGCGAGACGCGCUCAGAGUUGGACAGCCGGUGCUACCUCGACGACCUGCUCGUCUGCGAGCCGCUCACGCGGCGGUGCCAGGGAAUCCUUGCCCCGACCGGGGGUAAGUUCUUCGGCCUCUUCCUGCUUGACGGCGAGAGUACCGGCGGUGGCCAUGGCCGCAGCAGCAUCGGCAUCUCGAACUUCCGAGUGGUCGCCUCGCUCUACGACUGCGCCGACGAUUACAGCCGCGACGUGCCGUCCGCCCUCGUGUUCCACUCCGGCACCGGCUGGCGCGAGCCGGAGAAGAGCGCCGACAUCGAGCUUCUGGGCUACCUGGAGCUCAGUUUCGCGGGGCGGGCGAACGGGUCAUUCUACUGGGCGAUGGAGAAGGAGCCGGAGGAGGAGGACGGCGCCGUGCUGGCACUCGACGAGGCCACCAUGAAUUACUCGCUCGUCACGUUCCCAGGGACCGGCCUCGAAACAGCGACGGACGCGUCCACCUUCCGUGUCGUCCAAGGCGAAGGCGCGGCGUCGCGCGUGGUACGCUUGACCGGCAACGAGCUCACGGUCUUCGCGCGGCACCAGGGCCUGGGAGAUUGGGUGCCGGAGAGGCGCGUGGACAUCUCCGAGGCGACGCUCGGGCUCCCGGGGCGCGAGGAGUGGCAUUUCCAGGAGCUUACGGCGGCCAUGAUCGUCGCGGCGAACGCAAGGUUCGUCCUCGUCGCGCCGAAAAGGGAGGAGGAGCCCUGCUGGAUCGUCUCCGUGGAGCUAGACACGAUGCAGGUGGAGCGCGCGGACGAGAGGAUCAGGUGUGCCGGGGAUGUGUAUCCAUACGAGCUGCCGUGGCCGCCGGCUUUGCAGGCUUGUACUGCCCAUCGCCGGCCCGGGAGGAGACACCGCUGAAUCGCUGAUGCCAUGCCCAGUGUUGCUGAAUUGCGGUUGGCAAGCUAGCAAAGCGACUCAGUGCACUGUUGCAUUUUGGUUUAACGGAGAAUAUUACUUACAGUCGAAGUAACCACAAGGACCGUAUUCUGUUCACUGCUUUAGAUAAGAAAAGCAAAAGAAAAACCGUCUUCCGUAACUAACGUGUCUUUUUUUUUAUAGUAAAUUUCAUGUUUGACCCCCAAAUUUCAGUUCUUUGACAGCUUGGACCUCGUCUCUGUGUUGUGCACCAACAUCGAUUGCGUUUGAACUCUUCCUUCCGUCUGUGAAGCUCCUGCCGAUGACCAGUUGCGGAGCCAGGAAUGGAGCAAGCAUGGUGCUAACUUGAACAUUACAGGAUAGCGAAGAAGACGUCGCGGCCCGCCGGCCUCGCAGAACUCAAAGACAAGCUCGUGAGGCGUGUCGAUCAACAACUGCAGAAGCCUCGUGCCACCGAUCGCUGCGCUCGUCCUGAACAUUGCUCCACCAUAUCACCGCUCCCCUGCGGAUAGUUUCGCGGCCAUUGGUCGUGUUCUUGUUUUGAGUGAUCGGUUGUGUUGACCAGUUUUUGUGCUUGUAAAUAUAUUCUUUCUAUCAAUGCAUCGAGACGCAAGCUUUGCGUUUUCUCAAA